AUGACCGCCCCCCUCCGCCGGCUCAUGAAAGAAGCCGCCGAGCUCAACGCCUCCCCAACCCCCCACUUCCACGCAGCACCCAUCUCAGACAGCAACCUCUUCGAAUGGCACUUCACACUCGCGGGUCCGCCCGCGCCAUCCGCCUACGCAGGCGGCAUCUACCACGGACGCAUCGUGCUCCCGCCAACCUAUCCGCUGCGACCGCCGAGCUUCCGCUUCCUGACCCCAUCGGGCCGCUUCGAAGUCAACCGCGAGAUUUGCCUUAGUAUCUCGGGACACCAUGAGGAGCUCUGGCAGCCUGCUUGGGGGAUCAGGACUUCGUUGUUGGCGAUUAGGAGCUUUAUGGAUGGGGAUGCGAAGGGGCAGGUGGGGGGGAUGGAUGCCAGUUGGGAGGCGAGGAGGGAGUAUGCGGGGAGGAGUGCGGAGUGGGUUUGUGAGGUUUGUGGGAGGAAGAAUGAGGAAAUUCUCGGGGAGUGGAGGGAGGAGUGUCGGGGCAUGGGGGUUGAGGUUGAUGAUGAGGGGGAUGCACCCCCGCAGGGUGAUACUCAGAAUAGUGGUGACGGUGAUGGCGAUGGCGAUGGCGAUGUCGCAGAUACAAGUGGUACGAGUACAAGUGGGGAGAAAGCGCAGCAGCCACGAAGUGGUGCAGAGGAGACGGAGAACGCAGCACCAGUCUCCUCUACCAGCUCAACCCAAGCGGCCACUACAUCCACAACCCCUCUGAAUCCCGCCUCUCCACCACCUUCUUCACCUUUACCUGCACAACACCAGCAGCAACACCCAUUACCCCGGAAUUUCCCCCCGGGACAACCACCCGCCGCCUCCCCGCUGCAGGCAGCGGCAGCGGCCCCACCACCAGUCCCCGCAACCGCAACACAGGCCCACCCGGGAUCAGCUGCAGCUUCCCAGUCUAACUCCAACAGCACGCCGUGGCUGGACCGCGCCAUCUUCGGACUGUUUAUUGCGCUGCUGGUUAUGAUAUUGCGGCGAAUUGCACGGGACGAGUAA